AUGAACGAUUUAGUUAAUCAAUUUAAAAGUGCUGCAUUAGCUGUUGGUCAAUAUUUAACUCCAGUACUUAAAGAAUCUAAAUUUAAAGAAACUGGAGUUCUUACUCCCGAAGAAUUUGUUGCUGCUGGUGACCAUUUAGUUCAUUUAUGUCCAACUUGGUCUUGGGCAAAAGCUAGUGAUUCUAAUGGGAUUUGUACUUAUUUACCUGUUGACAAACAAUUUUUAAUUACCAAACAAGUGCCUUGUCAUCAAAGAUGUGCUCAAAUUAUGGGAUAUGAUGAGUCUAAAGAAAAGAUAAUCAAAGAGGAGUCUGCUGAAACUGGAGAUGACCAGGAUGAAUGGGUGGAUACUCAUCACUUUGACUUUGAAACAAAUUGUACUCCAAAAGAUCUAGAGGAAGCAGAAAAUAUUGAAAUUGCUCAGAAUCUAGAAGGAAACAAUUUAAAUGAAGAAGAAAAUUGUGAAGAAGAGGAGGAAGAAGGAGGGGAACCUAUUGAUUUAGAUGAAUAUUUAUCUAGUGGAUUAUUAGAAGAAGAAGACACAGCAAGAUUUGUUUUACAAAAUAAAUCAACUAAAGAAACAAAUGACGAUUCAUCUUCAAAUAAUUUAUUGAGAACGAGAAGAUAUGAUUUACAUAUAACUUAUGAUAAAUAUUACCAAGUUUUUGGCUAUGAUGAAAAUGGUUCUCCUUUGGCUGUGGAUAAAAUGAAGGAAGAUUUUUCUCAGGAGCAUGCAGACAAAACAAUUACUUUAGAAUCACAUCCACACAUUUCUGGUUUAACUUUAGCAACUAUCCAUCCAUGCAGACACGCACCUGUUAUGAAACGUUUAAUUGAACAAUUUCAGGAAAGUGGGAAAGAAUUGCUUGUUAUCGAUUAUUUGUUUGUUUUUCUAAAAUUUGUACAGGCUGUAAUUCCAACUGUUGAGUAUGACUACACUCGUUCUAUUCACUUUUGACUUGGAACUUAAAAAUAUUACGAAUUUAAUUGAUUCUUUUUUUCUUAUAUUUUGAUGAUUCUUAUAUUUUAUUAUAAAAAGACCCCUUCUUAAAUGUUUAGACUAUUUCGAUAUACCAUCACUUUUUAUAUAAAAUAUUCUCGUUAUUAUUUUACUUUAGUCAAUUACUGGGCUUUAUUCCACACCGGGGAUGGGACAACCUGGACCUUUUUCGAUCUGAAAUCCUACCCGAUUUUUCUAAACCCGUGAUAUAUCC